GCUUUUCUCGAGGAGUUCCGGUAAAAAUUGGAGUUCAUUCUUGAUCUUCAAGCAGCCAGAGAAUACAACCGUCCCCUUCACUUCAAAUUUCUGUAGGGGUUUAAGAGGGGAAAGAAAUCUAGGGUUUUAGAAAUCGAAAGGAUACGAUUCAUGGCACUCACCAACUUCAUCCUAACGGUGGCUGCCGUCAGCGCUGCCGUCAGCGCCGCCGUCAUCCUCCUUCGCGGCGACGUGAAGCAAUCGGCGACCAUCUUCCGACGUAACAUGAAACAAAUACGCAACUGGCUCGAAGAGGAGUCCAAAUCCGCAGCCAAGUCUGUGAAGGAAGCACCAAAAGAGCUGGAUUCAAAGGCGACAAGCAAAGACAUCCCUAAGGAUGAGAAGCACUAGAUAAUGUCUGUGAAGGAAGCACCAAAAGAGCUGGAUUCAAAGGCCCCAAACAAAGACAUCCGUUAAGGAUGAAAAGCACUAGAUAACGUAUGUGUUUCUUUAGCUUUUCUACUUAUUUGCGGAUAUUCAUGAAAUAAUUUCUUAUGGUUUGUUAAAGAGAGGCAGAUUUAGUCUUUGUAUCAUGGGGAUCAGGGUUAUCAGUUUUAUCGAGCCAAUCCGCCAAAUAUCAGAAAGGUUGGGAGUAAAUAAUGCUUAGUAGCUAAUAGUUUAAGUUUUUUUUUUUGAGGCUUUUAGAUGUUGCUAUUUUCUACCAUUGCAGAAUGCCUGUAUGCAUAUUCAAAAUUCCUAUUUCCAGCUGAAACCCUGGUUCCUAUGUUUUAGUUGCUUGAGAGAUUGGGAAUAAUGCAAAUAAGACUACGAGUUUGAUUUUA